AGAGAUGUUGAUUCUGCCUCGCACAGCCAAGACAGGCAACAUUCUCUCAGUGCGAGAGGCAGCCAGCGCGUUCAGUGCGGACUCACUGUAGGAACAAUCACCUUAUGCCUAGCCGGACGCAGCACUGACAGCGACGCUUGCUCAGCGCUCUGCUAUGGACCUUUUCGAGUUCGACUUCUUCAGAGACUGGGAACUGGAGCAAUCGUGUCACUACGAACAGGACCGAAACGCGCUGAGGAGAAAAGAAUGGGAGAGACGGAAUCAGGAAGUCCAUCAAGAUGAAGAUCUGUUUGCCUCAAGUUUUAAUCUAUUCGGUGAACCCUACAAGUUUUGUAUGCCGUCUAAUAUCUUUCAGACCAGCAAAGGUGAUGCGCUUUCUAGCCGUGUGCAGAAUACUUUAGGGAACUACGACGAGAUGAAGGACCUGCUGACCAACCGUUCCAACCAGAGUCACCUCGUGGGCAUCCCCAAGUCCCUGAUCCCACAGGCGCCCACGGAUAAGAUGGAGCCAAGUUUCUUCAGCGAGCCCAGGACUAAGGUGGUGCCGUCGCACCAAAGUGGCAAUCACUCUUCCUCCUGCAUGCCCCCGCCUUCAUCCUGCCUGUCGCUGAGUUCUACGCUGCUGCACGGGCACCCCAGCAAAAAGUCACGGGUGGAGUGGUCCCGAGGUGGGCACGGGUCGACUGGUGGGCAUGGCCUGCAGAGCAGUAGUCAGCCGGGCAACCAACAGGGCAGGGAGAAGCACCCGGCCUCCCACGAACAGUCCCAGGACAGGUACGGCGACCCGUACGCCGGUCAGAGCGAGCUGCACAAAAGUGACCUGCAGGCCAGUGUGGACGACUGCGUGAAGCUUCAGUCGUCGAGUCCCGGCACCACCUCGCGCUCCAAGCGGCACGGCCACUCCAAGCCGGCCAGCAGCGAUCACUCCUACAAAGACGGCUGCCACAUGAAGUCCCCCAUUGACAUCGACGGUGGCUCCUACUCCUGCGGUUCACCGCUCCCCUCCACCUCCCUGAUUCCUGGUGGCAGCGCUCUCUCCAGCCAGAACUUCCUGCCAGGACUCCACUGCAAGUCCAGUGUUCUUCAGCAGAAGCCCACCGCCUACGUCAGGCCAAUGGACGGGCAGGAACAAGCCCCCAUUGAGUCACCAGAGCUAAAACCCCUGAUGGAAAUCGAGGAUGCUUUCAGUAACCAGGCAUUCGGAAACCUCCUGGAUGUGAAACCCUGCACAACAACCUCCAAGUGCAAGUUACCAAAGCUGACCAUCCCUCAACCGGUAGAGGUCAGCCUUUCCAACGAGUCCAGCUGUGUGGAAGAAAUAUUGCGGGAGAUGACACAUUCAUGGCCUCCUCCCCUAACUGCGAUACACACACCUGGCAAGGCUGAGACAACCAAGUUCCCGAUCCCAAGCAAGGAUUCUCAGCAUCUAACCUCUGGCUACAAUGGACAAAAACGAUGCGAUGUGCAAGGAAAGCCUCCGACCAAGUCUGCCCCGCAAAAAUCGAUGCUGGAAGAUGACUUGAAGCUUAGCAGUGACGAGGAAGAGAGUGAACAGGCAGAAAAAACAAAGAUUCGACCCAUCGCUGUGAACACCAGCGCUCUGCAGAACACCCACGGAGCCGCCUCCGGUCAUUCCAGCGGCGGAUGCAGCAGCUCGAGCGAGUCUGGGAGCAGUUCGGAGUCCGACUCAGACAGCGAGAGCACCUCCAGUGACAGUGAAUGCAACGAGGCGCCCCGCACCGCAACACCAGAGCCUGAACCACCAUCGACCAACAAGUGGCAGCUGGACAAAUGGCUGAACAAAGUUACGUCGCACAGCAAGACCAUCAUCAACAACCAAGCCGACUGCGAUGAGCUGAGUGACCCGCUGUCCCAGAGGAACCAAGAGAUUGACGCGCAGAUCAAAGGGAAGCAGGUCCUUCCACUGCCUCAGGCAGAUUCCAAAGAUCGAGUCCUACUUGUGCCCAUCAGGGAGAAAGCCAAACCGAGGUCCACUCAGAAAGUGGCGGAAGGGAAGCCAGCGAGGCAGAAGUCCCCCGUGUACACCGAGCCUGCUCCGUCGAGGAGGACCACGGGCAAGUCGCAGCCCAGGAGGGUGGAACGGGCUCCGAGCGUCGAGGAACAUGCCUGGCUUCGCCCCGGCAACCCCAGCAGUACCCCCAAAGACAGGGAUGGGCGAGGAAGCUCGGCCGACCAAGCCAAGGCCAAGGGGAAAGCGGGCGGCUGCAAGGCAGGGGCCAGGAAGGAGCCACGGAGUAUCGCCGCAGCGACGGCAGCAGCGACGGCAGCCGCGACGGCAGCCGCGCCGGCCCCUGUGGAGAAGAGGAAGCACCGCGUGCCUGGUAAGAUUGUGCCUAAGUCGAGGGAGUUUGUGGAGACGGACUCAUCAGACUCUCACACGGACCUCGAGGAAGUGGUAGCAGUGGCGGCGGCUAAAGCCGUGACCCCUCCCGCCGUGACCAGCAACUCGGUGAAAACCAAGGACUGCGUGGGCGCGACGGAUUGCCCCAACGUUUGCCCCAUGGACAGCUCCGCCCUGGACAAAGGGCCCAUCGAUUUGGAAGAGCUAUCCUUCUCGCCUCUCCCACUCCCGCAGAACGAACCUCUAUCACCCCUGAGAGACUACGAGGAGAUCAAGUCACUUUGGGUGAAAUUAGAUCUCAGCCUUCUGACCCGGGUCCCUGGACUGGCAGUGGAAGAAAACGUGGUGGGAAAGCCAGAGAUCAGACCACCCAACAGUAAACACAACAAUCAGUCCCCUUCAACGGUGAUGGAUAAAAACACCAUUAAAACCAAACGGAAACACAAGAUGGAGAACACAGAAGGUCUGUGCGAGCUCAAGAAGCAACACAUAGAGAAGGAACCCACGGCGCCGAUGCUUCUUCCCGCCAGCUGCUCGGCAAGUUCCAGCCACAAGGUCCUGAGCAGUAAAGAGUUAACAAAACAGUUGACCACCAAAAGGGACCGGAAGUUCCCACCUCCGCUCUCGCCACUGCCGGAUGAACCUGAGUCCAAACGCGGAAUAAACGAGAGCGAGCUCCUUGGCCAGGAGAGCAGCAGUAACUCCGUACCAAGCAGUGCCUCACAGCCCUCCACGCAAUACAAACACCGCAAACCCGACAACAAGCCCACGUGCCACGCAAAAAACACCACCGAGAACGAAUCGCAUCCCAGCUUGUCAAGCAAUGUCCAAGAGAACAGCCAAUCGCAAACGGAUACUUGGAUGUUGAUAUCCAAUGGUCAUUCAGAACCACGAAGACCCAAGUUGACUUUUGAUGACACGUCUCAUAAUGCCGAUUACUACAUGCAAGAGGCCAAGAAGCUGAAACAUCGAGCUGACGCACUGCUUGAUAAGUUUGGAAAAGCAGUUAAUUAUGCAGAUGCAGCACUCUCAUUCAUUGAAUGCGGGAAUGCCAUGGAGCGUGACCCAUUAGAGGCAAAAUCCCCAUAUACCAUGUAUUCCGAGACGGUGGAACUCAUCAGGUACGCCAUGAGGUUAAAGAAUUUCACCCGCUCCUUGGCAACAAUAGCGGAGAAGAAAUUGGCAGUUUUAUGUUACCGAUGCUUAUCCCUUCUCUACUUGAGGAUGUUCAGACUUAAGAAAGAUCACGCCAUGAAAUAUUCCCGAUCUUUGAUGGAAUAUUUUAAGAGUUCUUCGAAAGCAUCGCAAGCACCGUCUCCUUGGGGAACGAAUGGAAAAACCACGGGAACAGCCUCCCCUUUGUCACCCAGCCCAUCUCCAGUCAGCUCCGUCGGGUCUCAUGGGAGCAGCACCAGUACUACUGCGUCUUCACCCUCAGCAACCAUCAGCAUUCCCCAACGGAUCCACCACAUGGCUGCCAGCCACGUCAACAUCACCAACAACAUCCUCAGGAGUUACGAGCACUGGGACACUGCUGACAAGUUGGCCAGAGAGAACAAAGAAUUCUUUCACGAGCUGGACACAUUGAUGGGGCCACUAACGCAACACAGCAGCAUGACCACCCUGGUCCGUUACACCCGGCAGGGACUGCAUUGGUUGAGGGUGGAAGCCCACUUAUUGUAGUGACUGUGCUGCACGCUGCUUUUUAAUUUUCCGUUCAGUUGGCAUUUCCAUCUCUACCUCUGCCAGGACCACGAUCGGCGGAUGCCCCCCCCCUGCCAGUCCCGGGCACCGAAUCCAAACCACCGGCGAUGUAUCUCUCCCCCUCCCUCUCCCCCCGCUGCCCUGCAGCCUGCCUCUGCCAGAGGACAUUGUCUCCCCAUGGCCAAUAGUUUGACCGAGAGCCUGUGCUUCGAGGGAGGGGAGGAGAGCCCCAGCGGGCCACGAGGAGUGGAGGAGUGAAGUACCAACGUCAUAUGUUUCUGUGCUUUCAUCUGAGUGCAUCGAUUUCUGCUCGCCUUUGCGAAGACAACAGGCACUGUACACUGCCCAAGGGCCAAGACAAGUCAAAACCAGGAAAAGUAUGAUGUGUCUGAGAGAGAGAGAGAGAGAGAGCGAGAGAGAGGGAGAGAGCGAACUAAAAUGAAAGAAGCGACUAUGCCGAGUUACGAAUGGAAAUCCCCAACAAGAAUCAGAUCCAAAUAAAUCAUUGUUGUGCUUCCUUGUGACUCAGGCUGAGAGGGGUAAGCACUGGGUCAUGGCAGAAUGUUUGAACGUCAGACUGUGAGCCCUGAGGUCAGAACAGAGUCUGACAUUUACACAGGCAAGUCGUUUGACUCUUGAUUUUGUACCCUUUCUAAAGGAAAAUGUACUCGAGUAGAAAUGGAAAACUGAGCAUUGAACAGAGGUCUGCUCUACUUGCUUUCUGCACAAUGGGGACUCACCAUCUCCCAUGUUGUCAGGUAUGCCUUAGAGAUUGGUGAUCACAAGCACUUUUUUUUGUUGCAAAUAUUUAUUAGGAUAGAAUUCCUAACACCUAGGUAAUGUGUGAAGGAAAAUUUCCACGGUCCUGGCCUUGCCAUUUAUAAGGAUGAGCCCAAAACUUGGGCUGUGUAUAUUUUCAAAGGUGAAUUUCAGUCCUUCCAAUCGUCAUGACAAUAUCUUCAGACACAUCCAGCUUCUAUUUUCAGCACCAGGAGAUCUUUGAUACUCUUGUGAUCUUUUUUUUAUAUAUCAAGUUAUGCCACAUUGUAACCCAUACCAAAAUAUGGAACUGAAAAAUGUCCUCCAACUGUGAUAAGAUGAUGCUUGAACAUUUGAGGGGAUGGAACGUUCAAAGAACUAAGGUAUCUCCAAAGUGGACGAAAGGAUCUAUUGAGAGAAAAAA